GGCGGCAAGCAGCCAACGAUCAGCACAGGUGCACCAGCAAGAGCACAGAGCACACGUGCAGCUGCGGCAGAAAAACAGAGCAGCUCGGCAGCAACAAAAGACGAAGAUGCUGAGUUCGAAGAUAAAAGUGACACACCCUCCGGGGGGGAUCUUGAGUACGCUGAGGAGUCUGAAGACGAGCCCAUUGUUAAUUGUGAGCGCAGAUCCAAAAGAAAACAAGAUGAUGGGGGAAAGGGUCAGGAAAGUAGUAGUGAGGAAUUGGAAGAUUAUGCCGAUUCAGAUUCUGGCAACGAUCGGGGAGAAGAUGGGGGAGAAGAUCGGGAAGACGAGCCUAUUGUUAGUAGGGAUAUAAAUGAGGGAUCUCAACUUGCUUGCAACACCCAGUCGCUAGACAUUGAUGUCACCGGCUUUACUGCAACACAAAGAGAUGGUACACAAGAAGUUGACAUCACCGGGCUACAGAGUCAACAAAAUGAUGAUGAAAUACAAGUUCAAAGCAAGGAGAAAGGUAUCCCUCAAGGCAAAGAAGACAACAAAGAUGGUGAUGACAAAGAAGAAGACAAAAAAACACACCACUAGCAAAUUGUGAUGAUGCUAAAGGCAAACAGCCAAGGAAAGAUGACGACCAAGAUGAUGAAGGAUAUAGUGGGGCCAACAAUCCCGAAGAGCAAGCUGCAAGCAAUAUAGGGGAUGAAAGUGGGAAUGCAAGUCAAAGGUUAAGACCUCAAAAUUCUAAAGGGACAGCAGAUACAAAAGUCUCAGGCAAGUGCAGUGAUGACCAUCUGGAGCCUAGGGAAGAAAAUACGCUGAGUAUCAGAGAAGAGAUGAAAGCAUUAGGGCUACUUGAUGAUACAAUAUCAGGUCGUGCGACUGCAAAGCAAAUGGUUUUUGAACCAAUAGAGAUUUUAGAAGUGAGUGCAAUAGCGGAGGUGAAGAAAAUGGUUGAGGAUUGCAUGCAGCCACUACCUAUGCCGGACUCCGGAUUAAAUCUGCCACUCAAAGAAGAAUCUGAGAAGUUCGAGGCUAAACAAAUCAAAGAUGCCAUCGACAACCACCUUUCCCCUGAAACAAAAAAAAAAGAAUUGAGGACCAAUAGAACUGCUACAAGGACAGAUUUUAUGACUAGAAAGAAGUUGGCUGCUGAAAGUCCGAAGGCUGCAUGCCACUUGCCUCCACUUGCACCCAAAAAGGAUAAUGGAAAGAAAACUUCAGACAAAAUGCAGCUCCCCCAAGAAGUAAAGGGUUCAAACGAACUCAAACAAAACAGCAAAAGCCCACAGAGCAAUGAAAAUCAAAAAGAUGAAGCAUCUGCAGCAUCAUCAACAGCAGCAAGGAUAAAUGUUUACACCAAGAAGCCAAGGAAAAUUUCAACUGAAAUGGAAAAGCUAGUAGAAGCUUCGCUUCCAACAGACAAGGGUGAAGAGAGCAAAGGCCCGCUGGCAGCCAAAAAGUUAGAUGAGAAAGCAAAGGGCAUUUCCGGUGAGGGAGGAAGCAAUCUUCCAAUCAUGCGCACUAUUGAGGAGAUCAAGAAAUCUAAAGGAUACAGGGAUGCCCCAGACGCACCCAGUUUCUCACUUGGGUUUGAUGAUGUUACCCAGAAGAGCCCAAUUAAAUCAACUACUGACGACUUUAUCACCUCCUCAAUGUUUGACCAACUUUGUGAUGAUGCCAUGAAGAACUCAGCGAAGCAUCAAGAUUACCCCACCAUAAACACAAACCCCACCAUAAACACAAACCAUUUGAGCCCGGAACAAGAAACCAUAUACAAUGAAAUUUGCAAGUGGAGGUCGCGGUCCGGUGCUGAUACCAGUCCGGACGCAUUCAAGUCAAAUGAAAUCACAGCUACUGCGAGUGAGCAAGCAAAUAGCAUGGCCAUGGGCAGAUCGCUAAACACAAUUGCGCUCCAAGUUGGGACAUUUGUAUUGUCGAAAGAUCCAGCACAAAGGAGGAAGAAAAUAAUGUCACCAUGGGUUGGGUUGAAGAUGAUGACGCCAACAGAAGCAUAUUGCAGGAUGGUUGAGAAAGCAUUUGAUUUCCUCAACACAGAAUAUGAUCUGAUCUUGUUCCCAAUCCAUGAAGCAAAUGAAAACGAACCGGAUGUAGCAGGGCACUGGUUUACAGUUGUAUUAAACCUGGCAGAUAAAGAGUUCCAAGUCAUUGAUUCUCUAAGGACCUCUGGCACCCAGUCACUGGUUCUGAAAGCACACAUGGUUCGCACGAAGAUCAUAACACUAUGGAAGAAGUACACGGCAAAGCACAAUGGGUGCACAGUCCCCAAUAUUUUUAGCUAUGAACUUCGAUUUAUCUCGGGCUACCGGCAAUUUGGAAUCCAUGACUGCGGAUUGUUCACCCUCAAGGCAAUUGAG